GAGACUGGUUAAAUGUCAUAAACAGGCGUUCCAUAGUAGCAGCACCAUCGCUUCAGAGUUCAGACUUGACAAUAGAUUCAGCGAAGACACGCGUGCACAUCAACGACAAGUCCCCGAUCGACCGUGGGGUGAUUGAUUACUCCGCCGCGAGAAGAAGAUGGGUGAGAUGAACUGGGUGAGCAAGAAGAUCCACCUCUACAACGUCACGAUGGGCCUCUACAUGCUCGAUUGGUGGGAGCGAUGUCUCUUCAACAUAAUGGUCCUGAUCCUGCUCUGUUUCAUCUUCCUGAAUGGAUCUCGCUUCGCCAUCGACGUCUAUCAGAGCCACCUGAAGGUUAUGUUCAUGAAUGGUGGAAAAUAUGACAUGGGAAUCGGCAUGCCCUCGUAGGACCAACAGAGAGGAAUCAAAGUAAGCUGGUGUUGAAAAUUCAACGUCGUUCAAGUAGCCUGGAACUGCAGUUUUUUAUACGAAACAGUUGCAAUAUAUGUGAACUUAUUUUCUGUUCCCUAAAAAAAUAUAUUUUCUGUUCCCUAAAAAAUAUUUUAUGUUGUUCUUGUACUAUGUUCUUUUAAGAGAACAUGCAGGAGCUGUAUGUAUAUGCAUUAUUCUUGCUACAGUUGUAGAUCGGAUUGUACUGCUGUGCAUAACUUUCGCGGUA